AUGCAGAACCUGUCCAUCUCGUGCGCUCUGGUCUGCCUCAUCGUGUUGGGCAGCGCCGCCCUGGUGGGCGCCUUCGGAGUCCUGCGACACCAGAUCAGCGCCGUCCUGAUCACCGGCGUCAUGUACCUGCUCGCCGCGACGUUCGCGAUGUUCACGCUGACCAUCAUGCACUUCAAGCGGGCGCAGGGGCGCGCGGCGCGCGUCGACUCGCUGUGCGUGGGCCAGGGCGCGGACGAGGCGUCGCUGCUGACGGACGGCGUGUCGCCGAGCGGCGCGGCGCUGGAGCGGCGCCAGCUGCGCCUGGACGCGGCCGUGCUGCGCGCGCGCCUCUUCGCGCCCGGCUGGAGCGUCGACCUGGGCUGGGGCGGCGUGGCGCUGUGCGCCGUCGCCGCCGUGCUCUGGCUGCUGCUGUCCAAGAUCAUGCGCUACCGCAGCCCGCUCGCCUCGCUGCUGCCCGCAUAG